UGAGCCGGGCCCCAUCCCACUGACAAAGGCGCAGUAUAAAGCAGACCCACAGACCCAGCAGGGCCAGCGGGAUACCUUCGACGUGCGAGUGUGGCUCAACUGACCCAGGAGCUGGGCACUGCCUUCUUCCAGCAGCAGCAACUGCCCGCAGCUAUGGCGGACACCUUCCUGGAACACCUCUGCCUUCUGGAUAUCGACUCACAGCCUGUGGCUGCUCGUAGCACCAGCAUCAUUGCCACCAUUGGGCCAGCAUCCCGCUCUGUGGACCGCCUCAAGGAGAUGAUCAAAGCAGGGAUGAACAUUGCACGACUCAACUUCUCCCAUGGCUCCCAUGAGUACCAUGCAGAAUCCAUCGCCAACAUCCGGGAGGCAACUGAGAGUUUUGCAACCUCCCCACUCAGCUACAGACCUGUGGCCAUCGCCCUGGACACCAAGGGACCUGAGAUACGAACUGGAGUCUUGCAGGGGGGUCCUGAGUCGGAGGUGGAAAUUGUGAAGGGCUCACAGGUGCUGGUGACGGUGGACCCGAAGUUCCAGACAAGGGGCGAUGCAAAGACAGUGUGGGUGGACUACCACAAUAUCACCCGGGUCGUUGCAGUGGGGGGCCGCAUCUACAUUGACGACGGGCUCAUCUCCUUAGUGGUACAGAAAAUCGGCCCAGAGGGACUGGUGACAGAAGUGGAGCACGGUGGUAUCUUGGGCAGCAGGAAGGGUGUGAACUUGCCAAACGCCGAGGUGGACCUGCCCGGGCUGUCUGAGCAAGACCUUCUGGAUCUGCGCUUCGGGGUGCAGCAUAAUGUGGACAUCAUCUUCGCCUCCUUUGUGCGGAAAGCCAGUGACGUGUUAGCAGUCCGGGAUGCCCUGGGGCCAGAGGGACAGAACAUCAAAAUUAUCAGCAAAAUCGAGAACCAUGAAGGCGUGAAGAAGUUUGAUGAAAUUCUAGAAGUGAGCGAUGGCAUCAUGGUGGCACGGGGUGACCUGGGCAUUGAGAUCCCCGCCGAGAAGGUUUUCUUGGCUCAGAAGAUGAUGAUUGGACGCUGCAACCUGGCCGGCAAGCCUGUCGUUUGCGCCACACAGAUGCUGGAGAGCAUGAUCACUAAGGCUCGACCAACUCGGGCGGAGACAAGCGAUGUGGCCAAUGCCGUGCUGGAUGGGGCUGACUGUAUCAUGCUGUCCGGAGAGACCGCCAAGGGCAGUUUUCCUGUGGAAGCUGUAAAGAUGCAGCAUGCGGUAGGUACUCCGUUCUGAAAAGCUGCUGGGCCAGGGACACAGACCCCUCUGGAACCCCGUUGACUACUCAACCUGACCUACUGGUCCCUGCAGAUUGCGCGGGAGGCAGAGGCCGCCGUGUACCACCGCCAGUUGUUUGAGGAGCUACGCCGGGCAGCGCCGCUGAGCCGUGACCCAACUGAGGUCACUGCGAUUGGAGCCGUGGAGGCUUCCUUCAAGUGCUGUGCAGCAGCCAUCAUCGUGCUGACGAAGACUGGCCGUUCAGCCCAGCUUCUAUCUCGCUACCGACCUCGGGCAGCUGUCAUUGCCGUGACUCGAUCUGCCCAGGCUGCCCGACAGGUCCACCUGUCCCGAGGAGUCUUCCCCUUGCUAUACCGUGAGCCUCCAGAGGCCAUCUGGGCAGACGAUGUGGAUCGAAGGGUCCAAUUUGGCAUUGAAAGUGGAAAGCUCCGUGGUUUCCUCCGUGUGGGUGAUCUGGUGAUUGUGGUGACAGGCUGGCGGCCUGGCUCUGGCUAUACCAACAUCAUGCGGGUGCUGAGCGUAUCCUGAAAUGCCUCUCCCCAUUCUGACCCAGUUACACCCCAUUUCUUUCAACCCACACCCCUCCCAUAGUCCUACAUCUGCCAUCUAGCCCCCUCCCUGUGCUUCACACAGACCCUGAAUGUCUGUGUCCAAUUAUACAGUGGCCACCGGCAGCAUUGGUUGUAUAUCCCUGUCUCAAUCCGCUUAGCUGGACUCCAAGAUGCCCUGAGCCUUUAAUCCCAGCCCAGCUGGUUAAUUCGAUUCCUUCCGGGUCCCAAUCAUUAGAAUGGGGGAGUGGAAACAGGGUGAUCUUGUCCAAUUUUCAUACAAUCAUGAUUUUAAAACA